AUGUCUACCCUGCUCGCCGGCUACGAAUCUUCAGACGACGAAAGGGACGGCAUCACUGCAGGUCCUUCUUCGCUUCCCGUCGCUGGAGGAAACCUUGCUCAACCCGAUGUAGAAGAUGAUGAGGACGAGGAGAAGCUUGAGGAAGAGGCCAGGAAAGAUGCGUUCGGUCUCUCAACGAGUAAUGAGCAGCAAAAGGGAUCAUCCAGCACCAACAAAGCUACGAAGGCUGCUGUGGAGUCAGCACCGGAUGUGCUAAAAGAGGAUCCGAACGGUGCCAGUCUUGCCAUAAUCACUCGUCCGACGGACAAAGUAGUGAACGUGAACCUGAGUUAUGAAGAUAUGAUGAGGCCUGUAGCUGGACCGGUGGACCCCUUCAAUCAACGGAAAAACAAGGGUAUGAACACCUUAUCAGGUCAUGUGGAAGAACAGUCGAUGGACAACUAUUCUUUCGCGAUGGCUCAACGUACAUUUGAUGUUCACGGAUAUGCUCUCAACCCUUCGACACAAUCAGGAGCAGCUCAGCCAAUAGUAGGAUCACUAAAUAACGCUCAUCAGAAUGGGUAUCAGUCAAUCGAAACUAUACGUCCAUCUAGAUCAGAAAGGAAAGAAACGAAGAGGAAGAGAGGUGGGAAAGGAGAUUUGGGAGUAGUCGAUGGUGAAGGAGCAUAUAUGGGUCCAUGGGCAGAAUGGCAAGGAGAUAAAGAUGUUGAUCCCCUGGUAGAAGAGGAGGCCGAGGAAUGGAGAGAGGAGAAGCGAAGACGUGAAGAAGCUCAGCAGGUGGCGAAGGAGAAGAUGAAGGUCGCGAGAGACGAGAAGAGUAUAUUCCAUGGCAAGGAGCUACACGAUUACGCUGGAAGGACGUAUAUGCACAUUCCUACCGACACCGAUGUCAAGCUCAACCCGUCAGAAGGUUCUGCACCCCCCAAUGCUUAUUUGCCAGAAAGAUGUAUUCAUACUUGGACUGGGCACAACAAAGGUGUAUCCGCUAUACGGUUGUUCCCUAAAAGUGGUCAUUUAUUGCUUAGUGCAAGUAUGGACACGAAAGUUAAAUUGUGGGAUGUGUAUCACGAAGGAAACUGUCUGAGAACGUUCCUUGGUCACUCUCAAGCUGUCAAAGAUAUCGCUUUCAACAACAGCGGUAGUCAAUUCCUAUCAGCAUCGUAUGAUAGGCAUAUCAAAUUAUGGGAUACGGAAACUGGUAAAUGUAUUCAAGCGUUCACGAAUGGUAAAGUACCGAAUGUAGUGAAGUUCAACCCCGAUUACGACAAACAGAAUGUAUUUUUGGCUGGUAUGCAGGAUAAGAAGAUCAUCCAGUACGAUUUACGUCAAAGAGAAAUAGUGCAAACAUACGAUCAGCAUCUGGGUCCUGUCAACACUAUCACUUUCGUCGAUGAGAACCGUCGAUUCGUCACUACCUCCGAUGAUAAGACGAUCCGAGGAUGGGACUACGAUAUUCCCGUGGUGAUCAAGUACAUCGCCGAACCAUAUAUGCACUCCAUGCCAGCAGUCACCUUACAUCCAAGCAAUAAAUACUUUGCAUGUCAAUCGAUGGAUAAUCAGAUCUUAGUGUACUCAGCAGAUGGCUCAUUCAGACAGAACAAGAAGAAACGAUUUGCGGGACAUACUGUCGCUGGAUAUGCCUGUGCUAUCGGUUUCUCACCCGAUGGGAAAUAUAUUUCAUCUGGUACUGGAAAUGGUGAUGUUGUUUUCUGGGAUUGGAAGAAUGGUAAAAUCCAGAAGAGGUUGAAGGCCCAUAAGGAAGUAGUCAUUGAUCAUUGUUGGUUACCUAAUGAACAUUCCAAACUCGUUACUGCUUCUUGGGAUGGUUUGAUCAAAUUGUGGACUUAG